CUCCCCUGCCCGAGCCGGACACUUUUCUUCAAAAGCUCGGAUUGAGCCCGGGCGGAAAUUCCCCUCUCGGCCCAAUCCGACGGUCCUCGCCCGGUCCCGGUCCCCGUCCCGGUCCCGAUCCCGGUCCGGCUGUCAGGCCGCCCCCACCAUGAGGCAGGGACGGGGCUGGGGUCUCUUCGCCGUGCUGUACGGCCUGUGCCUGUGGGCUCGGGCGGCCCGGCCCUCCCCGCGGCCCCCGGCCCCCGGCCCGGCCCCGCCUCCGACCCCCGGGCCCCCGGGGCCGCGCGUCCGCCUGGCGGGCUUCCCGCGGAAGCGCCACGAGGGCCGGGUGGAGGUGCUGCACGCGGGCGAGUGGGGCACCGUCUGCGACGACGACUUCACCCUGGACACCGCCCACGUGUUCUGCCGUCACCUCGGCUUCGUGGCCGCCACCGGCUGGACCCACAGCGCCAAGUACGGGAAAGGCACCGGCCGCAUCUGGCUGGACAACGUGAACUGCGGCGGCGGUGAGAAGAGCGUCGCCGACUGCCAGUCUCGGGGGUGGGGCAACAGCGACUGCACCCACGAGGAGGACGCCGGGGUCAUCUGCAAGGACGAGCGCAUCCCGGGCUUCUCCGACUCCAACGUCAUCGAGGCGGAGCAGCGGGUCCAGGUGGAAGAGGUGCGUCUCCGCGCCGCCGUCGGGGGAGCCGGCCGCCAGCGGCUGCCCGUCACCGAGGGGCUCGUCGAGGUCAAGCUGCGGGGCCGCUGGGCGCGGGUGUGCGACCUGGGCUGGACCCCCCAGAACAGCCGCGUCGUCUGCGGGAUGCUGGGCUUCCCGGCCGAGCGCAAAGUCAACUACAACUUCUACAGGCUGUUGGCGGAGCGGCAGCGACACACCUUCGGGCUGCACGAGGUGGCGUGCCUGGGCACGGAGGUGCACCUCUCCCUCUGCCCCUUCGAGUUCUCCAAGGCCAACGGCACCGGUCAGUGCCCGGGAGGGGCCCCGGCCGUGGUCGGCUGCGUGCUGGGGCCCCUCUACGCCGCCGCCCACGCCCAGAAGAAGAAACAGCAGCCACGGCGGGGAGAGUCGCGGCUGCGUCUGAAAGGCGGGUCCCGGCCCGGCGAGGGCAGAGUGGAGGCCCUGCGGGCGGGCAAGUGGGGCACCGUGUGCGACCACAAGUGGGACCUGCAGGCGGCCAGCGUGCUCUGCCGGGAGCUCGGCUUCGGGAGCGCCAGGGAGGCCCUGAGCGGUGCCCGCAUGGGGCAAGGCAUGGGCCCCAUCCACCUGACGGACGUGCGCUGCGGGGGCCGGGAGACGUCCCUGUGGAGCUGCUCCUACCGCAACAUCACGGCCGACGACUGCUCCCACAGCGAGGACGCCGGGGUCCGCUGCAACGUCCCCUACGCCGGCGCCGACGCCACGAUCCGCCUGAGCGGGGGCCGCAGCCGGUUCGAGGGCCGGGUGGAGGUCCGGGUCGGGGGGCCCGGGGCCGGUCCCCCGAGGUGGGGGCUGAUCUGCGGGGACGGCUGGGGCACCCCGGAGGCCACGGUGGCCUGCCGGCAGCUGGGCCUGGGCUACGCCAACCACGGCCUGCAGGAGACCUGGUACUGGGACUCGAGCAACGUCAGCGAGAUGGUCUUCAGCGGGGUGCGCUGCGCCGGCCACGAGCUGACGCUGGGGCAGUGCCCGCGGCACAAGGCCGGCGUCUCCUGCGAGAGGACCGGCCCCCGUUUCGCCGCCGGCGUCAUCUGCUCUGAGACGGCGUCGGACCUGGUGCUGCACGCGGGCCUGGUGCAGGAGACGGCCUACGUGGAGGACCGGCCCCUGCACAUGCUCUACUGCGCCGCCGAGGAGAACUGCCUCUCGGCGUCGGCCCGCGGCGCCAACUGGCCCUACGGGCACCGCCGCCUGCUACGCUUCUCCUCCCAGAUCCACAACCUCGGGCGGCCACUUCCGGCCAAGGCCGGCCGCCACUCCUGGGUCUGGCACGAGUGUCACGGCCACUACCACAGCAUGGACGUGUUCACCCACUACGACAUCCUGACCCCCAACGGCAGCAAGGUGGCCGAGGGCCACAAGGCCAGUUUCUGCCUGAGGGACACCGAGUGUCAGGAGGACGUCUCCAAACGCUACGAGUGCGCCAACUUCGAGCAGGGCAUCACCGUGGGCUGCUGGGACCUGUACCGCCACGACAUCGACUGCCAGUGGAUCGACAUCACCGACGUGAAGCCGGGCGACUACAUCCUGCAGGUGGUCAUCAACCCUAACUUCGAAGUGGCCGAGAGCGACUUCAGCAACAACGCCAUGAAGUGCAACUGCAAAUACGACGGUCACCGCAUCUGGGUGCACGACUGUCACACAGGCGAUGCCUUCGGCGAGGAGGCCAACAGGCGCUUCGAACGCUACCCGGGCCAGAUGAACAACCAGAUCGUAUAACGCCGCCCCCGCCCGCCGCCCCGCGCGGGCCGGGGCGAGGGGGGACCGGCGUCCCGCACCCGCCCGCGCCCCCUUUCC